UAUGCAUGCCCAGGACGCAGGAGAGUGAUUGCCAGAACAUCGAGCGAGGUGGCAGCCCUGCUGUGUGCCGGCGCGUCGAGACCAGGAUCGACUGCGCGUUGAACUUAGCUCGCCAACAGCGAGACAUUGGAGUGUUCUCUGAGGAGGAGAUGAUCCUGCUUUCCCACCAGAUGCCCAACGAGAACAGGGUCAUUGCGUCCAUCAGGAACGUCAAUAGGAAUGAGCCGUUCGCCUUUGAAGCUGUAGCGGUAGUCCCUGCCAGUCACACCGGGGGGCUGGAAGGGUUGCGUGGAGGAAGAUACUGCCACCCUGGCUUCGACCAGACAGAGCUGCGCUGGUCUCCGCGUGUUCUAAAGGCUUUUGAGCGAGCUGCGGCGCGAACAGACCGGUGCCCCGGAGUCAACACCGCCAGCCGGACAGCUGAGGAGAUGGAGGUGACCACCCUGUCAGAGUUCUUCGGCAGCGCCUGCCGCCCGGGGCGAUGGAGUAUGAACACCACUGUGGAUGCUGACCUUAAACGCCGUUUCCCAUCGCUGUGCUCGCUCUGCGGAGAGAACACCAACUGCACUCAGUACAACAUCGACAUGGGCAUCUCUGUGUCCGGAGUUAACAACAACAACAGACACAUCCAGGCGCUGCAGUGUCUCGUCAACAACAACAACGGCACUGCCGCGUACGUCGCUUGGCAGCACGUGCGGGAGUACUUCAAUAUCCGCAGUCCCGAGCUGGCAACAUCAUACGCGCUUCUUUGUGAAGACAACUCCUUGAGGGUCCUCACUUCUGAGCUGCUGGCGUCUACCACUGCACCCUGCGCCUUCGUCAGACAACCCUGGGGUGCCAUCGUCGCUUCUGCUCCACAAGCAGCUGCCGUCCAGAGCAGCCUGCAGAGCUUCUGGCCCAACGGUGUGGACCCCGGCGGCUUCUCCUGGCAGUCCGCCCUCUUCGGCGCUCUGGUGGGCGGCACCAACGCGCUGGUCGUCUUUCUGGAGAACCCACCCACUCCUCUGGAGUACACCCAAGGAAUACGUAACUUCACAAGAGUGGAAGCCUCCUCCUCCUGCACCCCCGUCCACCGCUGGUGCACCAGGUCCGCCCAGGAACAGGCCAAGUGCACGUGGGUGAGGAACUCCGCCUUCACCCUGGGGCUGGAGCCGAUCAUCUCAUGCCAACAACGGACCAACACCUUCGAAUGCUUGGAUGACAUACGGAAUAACAACGCUGACUUCAUUGCUUCGCGGUCUAAUUAUGGAUACUUGUCUAGACAACACUACCGCCUGACAGCAGUGAAGCUGGUGCAGAACUCUCGCAGCAACCCUGAGUCCUUCUCCCGCGUCGCCGCCCUCGUCAAAGAGACCUCCGCCCAGAGCGACAUCACACGCUUCGAGAACCUUCGGGGGAAGAGAGCUUGCUUCCCUGAGUUUGGAGGCAUUGCGUACAUGGCCUUCGUGCGCGCGGCACAGGACAACGGCGUGAUCAGCAAAUCGCAGUGCGACUACGCCCAAGCAGUGGGCGAACUGUUCGACAGUGCGUGCGCGCCCGGCGCCCUGGCCAACUCGCACGCGCUCGGCGACUCUUCGUGGAACGCAACGAGCUUGUGCACUGUCUGCAGACCGUCGGUUAGCGUGGUGGGCGAAAACUUCACGUGCGCGUACAACCACACGAACCUGUUCUACGGCAACAACGGCACGGUGCGGUGUCUCGCUGACCCGGAGAACCAUGUCGCCUUCGUCGAGAUGCGGAAUAUGAGACAGUUUCUGCAAGCAGCCAACCUCCCCGAGACGGCGGUGCGGGGGCUGUGUAGGAACAACACGCUAGCUCUCACCACCGGCAUCGUCAACGACACCAACUGCCUGCUGGCGUCGGUCGUGGACUCCGAGGUGCUGGCGCGAAGGAACGACCCAAUAACGAACAGUCUAAACGCACUGCUAGACACGCUGGACUUCUACUUCGGUUACAACUCCGCUGCCCAGCUCGUCAACCUGAAGAUCUACUCCGCAUUCGACGGCAUCAACGAUCUGCUAUUCCUCAACACUGCCAACGGUCUCUCAGAACCUUCCAGCUUCGACGAGAACGAGGAAGCUAAUAACUACAACGAACUCUUCAGACAUUUGGAUGCUUGCACCGGUUUUGCGCCUGGCUUAGCCAGCUCUAAGGUCUCCAUUCUCGCUCUGAUUGUGAUGGGUUUCAUUACACGCUAUGUGUUUUAGUGAAUUUGGUGUAAUGUAAAAGGUGUGAUAGUUUUUAAUUUAACUUUUAUUUUGUAUAGGCAUCGAUAUAAAUCAUUAGAUGAGCUAUUACCCAAAGACGUGCACGCACAUCUUAUCUUAGUACGUAACGCGCAUGCUGUGAGUAGACGUAGACUAAAAAAAUGUUUACAGUGUUUUUUUUUUAUUUUAAUCCCUUAAUUAUGCCUUCGUGUUAAUUUUGGAAGUGUAAAAACACAAGCCACAGCGUGAAUAAAGAGAAAUGUGUUACGAGUAGGUACUCAAUGUGCGAAACCAAUGACAAUUCCGCGACGCCUUGAGGCCCAUCUAACGAUCUACGGUCUAUGUAAAUAGGUAUAUAUUUUUUUAAGAGAUAACUUCUUAUGAGCUUAUGGCAGCAGGUUUAAUCGCUUCUGUUGAGCGUCCCGAAACGCACAAGUUUUUUUUUUUAUUAAGCAAGAAUACAAUAUAGAACUCAAGCUAACUUAUCUGAGGAGGUAAGGGUAGAAGGGAGAAAUACUUUACGGGAUCUAAACCUCUAAGCAUCAAACGGCCAUGUUGAAAAAGGGGAUGGAAAUGAUUUUUUCGCUGUAGUAAUCAAUAUAUAAAAAAAAUAAUUGUAUAAGGACAUUUUUUGUUUUUAUUGUCCAUUUGAAACAACAGUUAAAUUAUAAAAUUACCACAUUUUUUGCAACUAGAAAGUAGUAAUAAUUAUAUCAUUAGCUUUAUAAUUAAGAUUCCAGUACUUUUUUAUAUGAUUUACGUAUUCGUUAUUAUUUUUUAGUAUAUAUUUUUAAGUAUUACAACCGUUAUAUGAUCAAUUUAUAUUAAGAUCAAUAUAUAUUUUUCUAAAAACGCAUUUAUUUAAAUGACAAACCAGUGCUACGAUAGAUAUAAGAAUUUAUAACAUUUAUGGACUCUAGAUGUGAAGUGUUAAUUUUUGAGAUAAUAAAUAUUCCUCUUAAACGUACUGAGAUAAACAAUAUUAUUAAUGUAUAAACAAUAUUAUUUUGUCGCCUUUUCUUGGUGACGAGGAUUAAUUUGUUAUUUUCAUUCUGAGGUUAUUGUAUUAGAGAAAAAAACACUGGCAUUACAAGUACAUUGGUAUAGGAAAUAGGAAUAAAUGACCUAUGAAAUUUGAGAAAACAUUAUUUUUAACUUUUAUACAGGGUGCUCGGGAGUAUUUCCCUUAUCUUCAAGGUUGACAAGUCCACUUAUAGGAGCCGAACUGCGUAACUAAUAUUUUAUUUCAUUUUAUUUUAUUUAAUUGACCAGUGACAUCCACCAGUGACUGUUGCAGCAAUCAAUCUAAAAAAAAAACACAAACACAAGGCUCUGCACAAUCAAAUGAAGGUAGACACGGCAUGCACAUUUCCGUUAUAUUAAAAUAAAUUGACUUACAUUAAAUCAGUUUACAUAGAAAAAAAAUACAUUUUACAGUAACAAGAAAACGAAACAUUUUACAACUACUAUUUGAAUAUACUAUAUAAUACAAAAAAUAAAAUGGAAUUGGUAAAAACAAAAAGAAAAAUUAGUUUAGCAAAUCUAGCAAAACUAACUUGCGAUAUGUCCUUGGUGAGUCUUAACUAAACAAUAAAAACUUCUCAUGUUUUCAUACGAAGUAAUUCAAAUAAUUCCAACUAAACAUGUGACACACGCCUUUAUUGCCUUGCAUUUUAAAAUACGCAAGA